AUGAUUCAGGGCGUGGAUAGCAAUGAAGUGGCAAGAGUGAUGCACCGCAGUGGUGGCAGAGUGAUGCAUCCUAGAGUGACGCAGAAAGCUCACAUAUCGACAUCAUACAUCUCCUCACAUUCGUCUCCCUCUCCACUAAUACGAAGAUAUCACUGCCCCACUUUGAUCACUAAGGCGGUAAAAGCUCGAGCUCAAUAG